AUGAAGUUCACCGCUGCUCUGGCCCUGGCCCUCGCCUUCUUUGCGCUUGCAGAAGCUCGGACCUAUAACAAAUGCGGUUACAAGUUUGCUGUCUUGACGGCCACCUCUCGCAACGCUAACGGCCUCCGCCGUGCUUUCACCACCUUCCAAAAUGCCUUGGGCGGUAUCGACAAUGGCAAUGAGGCUGGGCCACUGUUCUCUGGCUUCCGCUCUAUUAACUGGGACGCUGAGGUGGUACCCUUCGACAUGCCGUUCAACUUCUUCGACAAGAACGUCACCAGGGGUGCCGUGUUCCAGGCCGCCAAGAGGGAGUUCCGCGUCAGCAACCCUGUCCCACCGCCGGUUGACGAUAGGUUCGACUCGCUCUUGCCCAAGGGAAUCACAAAUCAGUUCCAGACAUUCAGCCCGAAGAGGCUGUUCACGCCCCUCGUGAAGAACCGUGUCACGCAGAUCUUCAAAAUCCCGACCUUGAACAAGAGGGCCAACGUUUCUGGUAUGGGCGCCGUGUUCGUCGAUGUCGACCUUCGGCGACAGACCUGGAUGGACUUCUACACGAAGAGCGGGUGCCUGCUCAUCCGUGUAUUUGUCCCGCCAAGGAACAGAGGGCUCAGCUUUGCCGGCCUGUACGACCUCAACGGAAAGCCCAUCAUCUGGAGGGUUGUCAUGAAGUUGGGUACGAUUUCAGUGCAGGACGCUGGAGCUAGGUAUCGGGGACGCGGGGAUGUUGUCGUCCUUGAUGACCUUCUCUACGGUGAGCCCGCGCUCUAG